AUGGAGAAAGUCGAAGCUCUCGUGGACCGUGCUAAACACCUCGUACUCCACGAGCCACCCGAGACACCGUCACACACCGUGGACAAAUUCCACCCAUCUUUGGAUGAUCAUAUUCAGAAGAUCUACAAGUCUGUUGAUGCAUAUGCUCCAACUACCAACUACUUCCUCCAAGAAAUACAACAUGACACUGCCGUUACAACUUCUUCCGAGCCAGUUGCCGACGUUUUGGAUUCUUUGGAUGCCUUUCGUGCAUACAUGAAGGAUGCGAACUCGUCUGCGAUGGCACUAGAAGAAGCCCUCGAUCUUUCUGCGCCCAUUUCAGAUUACUUUAUCUCGUCGAGUCACAACACUUAUUUAACGGGCAAUCAGCUGUACGGUGACGCUGCUGCUAGUGCCUAUACAUCUGUCCUCCUCCGCGGCUGCAGGUCCGUCGAGAUUGAUGUCUGGGAUGGAGAAUCGGACACCUCCAACUCAAGCGACAGUGAGAGAGAUAGCGACAGUAGCAGCAGUGAUUCGGAGACGGAAGAGAGGACGAAGGGUGGGGAGAGCCGCCGAGAAAAACCCGCCAAAGAACAGAAACAGUCAUUCUCGUCGAAAUUGGAAGCUAAACUUGGUGGCGUCCUUCGUCGCAAAUCCGUAAAGUCGCCCCAGCGACCAUCGGACGAAGAGACCGCGACGAGCCACAUGCCUGUUCCUGCUGAGCCUCGUGUUCUGCAUGGCCAUACCCUAACCAAGGGAACGACAUUCCGUGAAAUCUGUUAUGCGAUCCGUGACAGUGCAUUUGUUGCCAGUGACCUUCCACUGGUCAUUAGUCUCGAGGUACAUGCGUCUCUUGAGCAGCAACAGACGAUGGUCGACAUCAUGUUGGAGGCGUGGAAAGGACUGCUUGUGGAUGCUCCUCCAGAUGAUGGGAAACUUCCCUCGCUAGCUGAUCUGAAGAAUAAGAUCUUGAUUAAGAGCAAAUGCAUUCCAUUCAAUCCCGAGGACGAGACUCCCGAGGGAGAAGCUCUGACGCCGCAGAACUCCGAUGAUAAGUCCUCGGGGCAGCAGCCGCCGAAGCCAUCAAAGAUUCUUGACGCUCUGGCCAAGCUGGCAGUUUAUACUCGCGCGUAUCACUUCAGCCAUUUUGAUCAACCGGAGGCCAAAGUCCCUCUCCAUGUGUUCUCGCUCUCCGAGAAAGCAGCGCGAGAAGCCCAUGUCAACCAGCGCGACGCCUUGUUCGAGCACAACCGAACAUCUAUGAUGCGUAUCUACCCGUAUGCAUUCCGAGUCACCUCAUCAAACCUUGAUCCAACAUUCUAUUGGCGGCGCGGUGCUCAGCUGGUAGCAUUGAACUGGCAGAACCUUGAUAAGGGCAUGAUGCUCAAUCACGGAAUGUUUGUCGGAACCCACGGCUGGCGACUGAAGCCCUCUGGCUACCGAAGUGAGAAAGUUUCUCCGACAGAUGUUAUCGAGCGCCGCAAUUUGACCCUCUCAAUCGAGAUAUAUGCCGCGCAGGAUCUCUCUCUGCCGCCGGGCGACCACAGCGAGAGGGGAUUCAAACCCUAUGUGAACUGCCAACUGCACGUCGAAGAACCCGAAGACGAUGCAACCCCGGACCAGGACGACGCCAGCUCUGACACGGAGAAGAGCAGCUACAGACGGUGCACGAAGAGUUCUUCGGGUCGGAACGCGGACUUUAAGGGCCAGAAAUUGGAGUUCCCGACCGUGACGGGGAUCAUUGAGGAGCUGAGUUUCCUACGGAUCAAGAUCAAGGACGACGAGAUCGGUCGGGAUCCAUUGGCUGCGUGGGCUUGCAUCCGACUUGACCGGCUGCGGGAAGGCUAUCGGCUGAUUCAUCUCCACGAAUGCGCUGGCGAGAAGAGUGGUGGUUUCUUGCUAGUUAAUAUUGUGAAGCAGGUUACUUAA